CGCCCCUCGCCUUCCCGGCCAGGCCUGCUGUGGCAGCUGCGGCCCAGCGACGUGGAGGUGGAGCUUCUGGCCCACACGAGGCGCGUGGUGAGCCGUGACCUGGAGGAGGAGACGGGGCUGCACACAGGCUGGAUACAGAACGGGGGCCUGUUCAUCGCAUCCAACCGGCAGCGUCUGGACGAGUACAAGAGGCUCAUGUCGCUGGGCAAGGCGUAUGGCGUGGAGUCACAUGUGCUGAGCCCGGCAGAGACCAAGGCACUGUAUCCGCUGAUGAACGUGGACGACCUGUACGGGACCCUGUAUGUGCCACAGGAUGGGACCAUGGACCCCGCCGGCACCUGCACUGCCCUCAGCAGGGCCGCUGCUGCCCGGGGAGCACAGGUCAUCGAGAACUGCCCAGUGACCGGCAUCCGCGUGCGGACUGACGACUUUGGGGUGCGGCGGGUCGCCGCCGUGGAGACAGAGCACGGCUCCAUCCAGACGCCCUGUGUGGUCAACUGUGCAGGCGUGUGGGCCGCCGCUGUGGGCCGGAUGGCUGGAGUCAAGGUUCCGCUGGUGGCCAUGCACCACGCCUACAUUGUCACCGAGCGCAUUGAGGGCAUCCAGAACAUGCCCAAUGUCCGCGACCACGACGCCUCGGUCUACCUCCGCCUCCAAGGGGAUGCCUUGUCUGUGGGCGGCUAUGAGACCAACCCCAUCUUCUGGGAGGAGGUGAGACACUGA